CCGAAUGAUGGUGUUGUGUGAGAGGGAGUGGGAAAGAGGAGGGUGAGGGGUACCCACAAAGAUGUUGCGUGAUUUUUUGGACAUUUAUUUAUUUAAAUAAAAAUGGCCGCCGCAGAGAGCGGAGAGGAGAGACUAGGUGAGGACAAGAAUGAAGAUCAGGAGGCCUCAAAGGACAAGACACAGAAACAGAAGAAAAACAAGAAAGAACGUCAGAAUGUGGAGAAACUGGAGGCCACUGUCUCUGUUCCUCCACCCGCAACUCCCUCCACAGCAGGGGAUGACGGACAACAGAGAGAGGCAGGAAAAUCCGAAUCCACUGCCCCUGAAGUUGGAGCUGCUCAGAGUGCUCCGGAAUCUUCCGCAUCAGCCAAGCAGCGUCGUUCCAUCAUUCGUGACCGAGGCCCGCUGUACGACGACCCUUCACUGCCUCAAGGUUGGGCUCGUAAGCUGAAACAGCGCAAGUCGGGCCGGUCCGCCGGCAAAUUUGAUGUCUACCUUAUCAACCCAGAAGGGAAAGCCUUCCGCUCCAAAGUGGAGCUCAUGGCAUACUUCCAAAAGGUGGGUGACACCACCACGGACCCCAAUGACUUUGACUUUACGGUCACGGGCCGAGGGAGCCCUUCUCGCAGAGAAAAGAGGCCACCAAAGAAGCCUAAAGUGGCAAAACCCACCGGUCGUGGGAGAGGCCGGCCAAAAGGCAGCGGGAAGAUACGGCCUACCACGGAAGGGGUGGCUGUAAAGCGAGUUGUAGAAAAGAGUCCGGGGAAACUCCUUGUAAAGAUGCCUUUUAUGACCCCUAAAACUGAAGCAGGGGCUCCCUUGGGGCAAGCGCCAAAAGUUGCCAAAGUGCGUCGAGGGCGCAAGAGGAAAUCGGAACAGGAACCGCCGAGUACUCCCAAAAAACGUGGCCGCAAGCCAGCAGCUGCAUCUCAGUCAGCAGCGGGGACAGGCUCUAGUGUAGCUUAUGCCGCUGCUGCCAUUCUCAGUGCUGAAGCCAAGAAAAAAGCUCAGAAGGAGUCUUCCGCAAAGCCUGUACAAGAGAGGGCGCUUCCUAUCAAGAAGCGCAAAACACGAGAGACUAUGGAGGAGCUGGAGGGAUCCACCACCUCUACAACUGAGACAUCUUCACUAAUUAGUACAACAGGGGUAGCAAAACGACUGACAGCAUCAACUGUGACCCCUACAGGGGAGGAGGUAGAGACAGGACAGAGGCUUCACAAGCAUUUGGGUCGCAAACACAAAGAGGCAUCCGUGGAUCCAGGAAACGGGAGUAGCGGCAGUGGAACAAGCGGUGGUGGAACGAAGAGCCACAAGAAGAAAGAUCAACGUGGGCAGCACUUGAAGCACCACCACCACCACCAUCAUCACCACCACCAACACCAUCUGCAGGUGAUGCCCGCCUCGACCUUCACUCCGCAGGCUCACCAGCUCUCCCUGGGUCACUCUACGCAAGGAGGGCCACCUGUCUCCGUGGAAAACGAACCCCAGGACUUGAGCACCUCAAGGCCCAAACCUGAGCACGUGGCCUGCAGGGAGGAGGCCAGAACUGACAAUUCCUCUAGCAGGGACGCACAGAACGCAAGCAAGAUGGCUUCUGCUGACCUGAGAGGGGACGGCAAGGAGCUGAGAGACAUUGUCCCGCCCUCCGCCGUUCCGAGGCCGAGUCGAGAGGAAACGGUUGAGUCGCGGACACCAGUGAGCGAACCCGUGAGCUGACUGACUAACUGACCAAUCAGCAAAUGCUUUGUGUGCAAGGGAAGUUUAGGCUAUUGCAGCGAGACGAGUGAUUUUUGUUCAUUUUUUACUGAGGAAAAAAACAGAAAAAGGAAACAAAAAUAUACAAAAAUGUAAAGUACUUAAACAAAAGGCAGCUGUUGUGUCUCGUUCUCUCUGUGGGUUGGACGUGUGGCGAUUAAUUAUCUCUGACGUAUUGCUUCCGGAUGAAUCCUCUGCAAUCCUUUAUACUUUUUCUUUUUCCCCUAUAUCUUUGUAUUAGUAUAUCUUAGCACUCACCUAAACCCGUUAUUUCUUUGUCAAAACUUGUAGGAAAUAGAAACACACUCAAGUGGUAAUGGUUGCAUAAGUCACACGCCAUAGUUGUCGUGAAGCAAAAGUCUCAAAAGUACUAAAAUGCUUUGUAGUCAUGUCAUUUCAACCCUAGGGACAAAAGGUGUCAUAUCAAUGUUUUCCUUUUGUGUCAUUGAGAUAAUAAAAAAACUGCAAAUCCAGUGGGCUUCACAGAAUAUGGUAAGCAAGCAGGCAAGCUGACGAAAAGGGCCACAUUUCUGAGCUCCACCUUUCCAUUUGAGUCGGACACAGCUGUUGCAGCAUCCCCACGUUAGCUUCAAUUAACUUCGACAGAAAAGAACUUCCUAGUUGUGGGUUCGUGCCAAGUUGAAUUUGUCUGCCUGUUGACCUGUGAAGAUUUAUUUAAAUUGGAAUUACAAUUUCCUUCAUUGUCUUUAUUUUUUGUGCACAGAUGUAGAGUGAAAUUCCUUAAGAGUAUACUUCGUUUUUCCUCUUGCCAUUCCAUCUUGCACACGGUCAAGCGCCAGGUCUUUCAAAGUAUAGCCUUAUGACCGCAAACCCAUACGGACGUGUUGGACGCAUGCGCACUAUGACUGCUCUGUGAUAGUCUUUUAGCACGGUCAAUGCCAGGCGCAUUCGCCAUUGACACGCAAUGACGUGGACUCUCUGCUUGUUUAGAAAAACUAGGCUGCGUGCGUACAGUCCUCGCAUACUUUAUGCUGAUGACGAAUUUGAGUCACGCACACUGCUCACAAGAAAACCGAAGUAUACUUUGACUUUUAAUUAUUAGUUGUUCAAUUAACAUAAUCGCCUGUUUCAGAAGUGCCCGAGAAAAUGCAACUAGAGCGGGAAGAUGUAUUUUUUCAUUUUUCUGUUGGGAAUGCUAAAGCACAAAUGUAUUUGUUAGGGAAUAUUGAAAGCACAGUCCAAAGUAGAGUCAGGAGUAGAUGUUAUCUUGCUUAAAUGAAUAAGAAAAAUUGAAAGAAUUUGUUGUUUACCUGCUUUUGUCCAUGAAGUACAAUUUAAAUAGUGGCCUUGUGUUAUAGUAACACAAAUCGCUAACAAACAAAAAAAAAAAAGCAUACCGUUUCAAAUGGAGCAUUUCAUUUUAUUGUGUGUGGUUAUAGACUAAUCCCUUAGAGCUGCUGUUCUAAAAAUGAUUCAGAUGGGAAAGUUCAUAGAUGGCUAUAUUAAUAUAACGUCUUGUCAGGCUGUAGCUUUGUCUAAUGCAUGGGUUGCUUAUGUUUGUGUGUUUUAGGUCUACACUCAGUAGCUGUUUACUACAGUACUCCAACAUUGUCUUUCCUGUACAUAAAAGGUUUUAAAGCCUGGUACAGCACUUAUGGCUUACAAUGGGGGUGAAACGUUUUAGAAACAUAAAAAUAAUGAACAAACAUUUAUGGCAAAAUGGAAAGAAAUUAACUUCAUUCUACAUGCUUUACAUUUCAUACAAUCUUGCUAUCAUAUUUAUUUAGAAAUUUAUCUUUUUCCAAUCUAAUGCCUACUAGUUUUCUUUCUCUUAAUAAAUGCUGAUAUACUGUACUAUUCAGUAGAAAUAAAAAAAGAACAUUUGCGAACAGUCGUUAAAGAUUGGAGAAUGGAUGUCUCAGUAAUUACAUUUCGAAGAUAUAUAUUUGAUUGUACAUUUGGGAUGAAACUUAAUCCUAAAAACAUUAUGAACCAAACUGAGGAAGUUCUUCUUUGUGGAUUGUAUAAAACAGUGUUUAGGAUUUUGCAUAAACUUUACUGCACUUUUUUCUGUUUUAUUUUUAUAUUUCUAGAUGAAAUGCAACUUACUUUUAAAAACAUUUAACUAAAUUACAAAUGAAAAUGAAAUCACAUGAAAUUGCGAGAGGCCCACCCACAUUUUUGCAGAUAUGUUUCUGGUUAGCCUUGCACAUACUUCUGUUUCAUGUCGGGAGGUUGUAACUUUCUUGAGAAGUUAGUAUAGAAUGCAUGUUUAAAGUAAUUUUGUUUGAAUUUUGCAUUCUCUUUUAAAAUACCCUGAAUAUAUCAAAUGAUACGUGGUACACACACAUGCACGUGAUUUGAAAUUCUCAAGCCUAUAGUUCACCUACAGUAUCUGAUAUCGAAUAUUUACGGCCAGUAAUGAGGUAACAAAGGCACUGAAGUCAUUUAAUGAUGCUUGACUGUUACCAUACAAAUUCUAAUAAAUCUAGAACAUUACAGAAGGAAAAGGAGACUUUUAAUGUCCUCCUAUUACAUGAAAGACAACAUACACCUGUUAGCAUGACAAAUUCAUGUUUAUAUUUUAGAUGUUGCGACUUGAACUCAAAUAGGCUCAGAGUUAAGGAGUUGCGCAUUUUUUUAAACCUGAUUCCCAUUCAGUUUUGUCUGUGUAUGAAACCUUAAAUAUUCAUGGUUGUUGUGGCUUAGGUAAUGGAUGUGCAUUUUCACUGACAUAAAUGUAAAAAAAAAAAAAUUAUACUACUAAACCUAAAUCAGAGCGAGUGAGGUAUAAAAUUACACUCAGCACUCGCUAAAUAUUUUUGUCUGUUCUACUACAGGAUGUUGUUUUGAUAGUUUGUUGUUUAGGGGUUAAAAUGCAUGUGAGAGAAAACUUGCCAGUCAUUUUUCUGAAGUGUGCUUUAGGGUAGUGAGUGCCUCAUUAUCUGAUAUCUUAAAAAUGUAAAAAAAACACAAAAAAAACAAAGAAAAGAUUAUUUUUAUUUUGUCGCUAAAUAUGUAGAUUAAAUUAGAAUCGACAAUCACAUGGGACAUUACCUCUUCCGUUUUUUUUUUUUUUUAAUUCUCAACUCCUCGCUAUAUAUUUUUUAAAAGGUCUAAUUAAGAACUAAAGUUGUCCGUUUCCAUUCUCUUCCUCCAACCCCCCGUUACCUCAACCCUCACCACAAGGAAGAGGCAUAGAGAAUAAUAGAGCGUUUACGCUCAGAACAAGGGCUAUGUAAUCAUUUCAAACAGUUAAUAAAAAGUUGAAGGAAGUGGGUUUUGAAGUAAGAGUUUUUUGUUUGUAGAAAGUGUGAUCCAUUCAACUCUUUAAAUGCAAACUUGGUUAAUUGCUUGAGGUCAAACAAGAGACUUUAGGUGUUGUCAAAUAUCAAUGGCUCACUUUGUGUCCUUGUCAGAGUCUGUUCACUCACUUAACCAGCGGCUGACGUUGUGACCUAUCUGCGGUGAACGUCUCCCUGGUGUGACUGAAAUUGGGUGGGAGAAUGGGGGUUGCAAAAUGGAUUCCUUCAACCUUUACUCCACAGUCAAAGCAAGAGAGGUACAUAACACGCUUGUAGACAUUCUUGAUAUUACGUUUUUCAGUUGAGGGGAAAAUCCAUAUAAGAAAGAAAUAAUACAGAAUGAAAGAAAAAGUAACCUCUGAACAUGAAUUGAAGUUAUGACAACUUGGUUCAAAGUGUUGACUCUAAAUGACUGUAAAAGCAUUAAACAGUUUGGGUGCAACAGAAAGGGUAGUGCCUUUAUUUUGGGAGACUUUCUAAGGUGGUAGAAGUGACCUUUGACUCUGAAGAAUCACCCUUAUCCCAAUAAAGCAAAAUGGAAGUUGAAUUUACUACAAUGCUUAGAUUUGAUUGGUCAUUUUUUCAUAGGUAUGAUGUGCACUGGUGUGUGUUGUAACUAGUCAUUUUAUUGUUAUUCAUUUCUCUUUUGCCAUCAGCUGGACGUUUGUGUCAACCUAGAAAUUGUGUAUUCUUCAAAACCCUUCUUGCUUUUUGUAGAGCUCAAAGCCCACUGACAAAAAUGGAGCCCUACUAAUGGGUAAAGAAUAAGAACAUUACUUAGUAACACUUUACAAUAAGGUUCCAUUUGUUAACAUUAGUUAAUAUGAAUUAACCAUGAACAAUACUUUUAUAGCAUUUAUUGAUCUUGGUUAAUGUUAAUUUCAAAAUAUACUAAUACAUUUUUUAAA